ACGGGCAACAAACGAUAUUGGACACAUUGGUCAUUGGAUGGAAGACCCCGUGGCUGGCGUCAGCUUCUCCGUCGGAUUCGCCGUAGCCUUCUUGAUCGUGCUGUGCUAUUUCAGGUACAGCUGGCUGCGGGAUGAAGCGGACGACGCGUUGCUUUCGAACGAAUUUGUGGGCCAUCUCGCUGGACUCACGCGCGAUCAACUGGAAAACACGGAUUCAGAGGCACAAAAGUGGACUUGCAACAUUUGUGAUUUCUACAACGCCGACUCGUCUCCCGCCUGUGUUUUAUGUGACACUGCUCGGGAGCUCUAUUUGGUGGUAUCUCCAGCCUUUGAGCAACUUGAUCGCACAUUGUUGCCGAGUAAUUUCACCGACAAACAACGAGCUGCGAGGCUUCGCAAGCAGUGGCGGCGUGGUUUCGACGGGCGUGUAUGGAGCUGGCAUGCCUCUGACCAGGAAGCGGCUGCUCAGUCGUCGUGGCAAGUUGUCGGCCGACCAAAUCCUCAAGUGGACUUGGCCUUAAUGGCAUUGCAAGACGCGACUGCGGGGGUCACCCUACUCGGCCAGCCGUUAACCCCUUGGUGGUUUGGGCAACUGGACCAGCUCACUCGGCUAUCGUUCUCGCUCAAGUACGCGUGGCUUCUGGAGCAACUUGCUGCCAACUACGACGGCCACGCGCGAUUGGUCGUGUCUCGCGACACCAUUCUAGAGCAAUCUCUCACCGGAUUGGCCAAAACGCCGCUGAGGAAUCUAUGUACGCUCAGCGUGAUCACCCUCGAGCACGAAACCGCUGUGGACGCGGGCGGCGUCACGCGCGAGUGGUACUCGGUGCUGGCGUUGGCCAUAUUGGAGCCAAGUCAAGGGCUGUUUAUAGUGACCAACCAGGACGACCAGUCGUUCUUUAUUAAUCCCAACUCGGAAAGAGUCCACGGCCCCAACCACUUGGAGAGAUAUUUGGCCAUUGGACGGCUCCUCGGACGAGCCAUCAUCGACGAGCAAGUGCUGCCGUUUCACUUUUGUGUCCCGCUGUUCAAGAUGCUGCUGGGGUACCCCGUCUCUAUCCAAGACAUUCGGUACUUGGACCCGACCGUAUAUUCGAGCUUGACCUACAUUCGCGACUGCGAUGACGUGGACGAUUUGGCGCUGACGUUCAGUGUGAGUGUGGACACGGAUGUACCGGAAGUGGAGCUGGUGGUCGGGGGUCGGGACGUGGGGGUGACCAACGCCAACAAGGCCGAGUACGUGGAGAGGAUGGUGCAGUACUUGAUGUUUGAGCGCGUGGCGCCGCAGCUGCAGCGGCUGGUGCAGGGUCUGUACGACGUGUUGCCCCAGGAGCUGCUCAUGCCGUUCGACUACAAGGAGCUGGAGCUGAUUUUGUGUGGGUUUUCAGAGAUCGACGUGGGUGACUGGAAGCGGUCCACGAUCGUGUCCAAGUCGCUCGAGGACGUCGUCGGGUGGUUCUGGGACGUUGUCGAGUUUGACAUGACGCCCUCUGACCGGGCCAAGCUGCUCCAGUUCACCACUGGGUCGUCCCGCGUACCCAUCCAGGGGUUCAAGGGCCUCACGAGCUACGAUGGCCGGCUGUGCCCAUUUUCGCUACAUGGGGUGCCCUACGAGUAUGGCAUAUUCCCCAAGGUCCACUCGUGCUUUAACCGCAUCGACCUGCCCAUUUACCCCUCGAGGGCCUUGUUAGCAGAAGGGUUGUUUGCGUUGGUGAACAUCCAAAGCAUGGCGUUUACGAUGGUGUAGGAAUAGUAAGUUUGAACCAACAAAUGUAUUUAUCUGCUG